GGUGCCGGUGCGGGGGCCGCGAUGCUGCGGCUGCGGCAAGGCCCGCAGCGGGUCCCACGCGCUGCCCGCGUUGUCCCCGCACUCCCCGCUCCGCGACAUGCAGGCCGCGCUGGCCGCGCUCACCGGCGUGCCCGCCCCGCCCAGCGCCUGCUGCUCGGCUUCCCGCCGCGCUCCCUCGACCUCAGCGACGGCGAGCGGCGGCUCGGCGAGCUCGGCAUCCACUCGGGUGACACCCUCAUAGUCGAGGAGGACACAUCCAAGCCCGAGCCCGACCCGCCUGUGGUGGCCAAGAGAACCAUGUCCCACCCGCUCAGGGAGGCCGUGCCCGUGCUGGCCAGGAGGGUGGUCCCAGCAGACAAUUCCUGCCUGUUCACCAGCGUGUCCUACGUGGUGGAGGGCGGCGUGUACGACCCCGGCUGCGCCCCGGAGAUGCGGAACCUCAUCGCCCAGAUCGUGGCGAGCGACCCCGAGUCCUACUGCGAGGCCGUGCUGGGCAAAACCAACAGGGAGUACUGUGACUGGAUCAGGAGGGAGGACACCUGGGGGGGGGCCAUCGAGGUGUCCAUCCUGUCCAAGUUCUACCAGUGCGAGAUCUGCGUGGUGGACACGCAGACCGUGCGCAUCGACCGCUUCGGGGAGGACGCCGGCUACGCCAAGCGCGUCCUGCUGAUCUACGACGGGAUCCACUACGACCCCCUGGAGCGCCGGAUCCCCGACUCGGACAUUCCCCCCCAGACCAUCUUCUCCACGAGCGACGACGUGGUGCUGGCGCAGGCCCUGGAGCUGGCGGACGAGGCCAGGAGGAAGAGGCAGUUCACGGACGUGAACCGCUUCGCCCUGCGCUGCAUGGUGUGCCAGAAGGGACUCACGGGGCAGCUGGAGGCCAGGGAACACGCCAAGGAGACUGGACACACCAACUUCGGGGAGGUGUGACACGGGCAGCAUGAGGAUGGUUCCAUCAACUACCUCACCGGUCCAGGAUCAGAUUCUGGAUUCCCCCAGAUAAGCUGUUUGUAACCGUAAAGAAAAACUCCGUUCGUGACAAAACAAAAAAAAAAAAAAAAAAAAAAAAAAAAAAAAAAAAAAGAGAAAAGCUUGAAAAGCAAAGUAGCAAAGUUAACUUCCUGGUGGCCAGGUUUGGGAAUAGGGGAUUGGAAAUAGGGAUCUCCUCGCAUAGCGUGGUGGACAGGGGCAGCUACACCUCGAUUCCUGGAAUAGCCUUUUGUGUGUGUGGUCUGAGCAGAUGGACACAAUCAGGCUCAACACUGGUGUAAAAUCCACCUCUGAGUUGCUGAGUGAACCUCUCUAAGUUUUCCAGGUAAUUAAUCCAAAGGUUUGGGAAACACACGUAGCAGCAUUAGUUACACUAAGGAUUAGGCUCUGCACCUGGGAGCACUUCUCAGAGGAGAAGCUGCUCGUGUGGUGCACAGCUUGUAAGAGAAAUAGCAAAUACAACAUCAAAAUGCAAUUUGUAGUAAAAAGAGGAUCUCAGAGCUGCCCUACACCACGUACCAUCAGGAGCAGACUGUAGUUUGUGUGAAGAGAACUUUAGGGAAAGAAGUGGCCUCUAAGCUUUAAGGUAGCCUUCUUUAAAUUAAUGAGUAGAUGGAUAAGUGUUGAAUAAACCUAUUAAUCCUCCAUAGGUAGUUUUUAGUUGCUUGAAAAAGAAUAACUCUCAACCCCCUGGUGUUUACACUGCAUCAGAACUUAGGCAUGUUUUCCUGGAAUACUUGGUAUUCUUCUUCUUAAUAAUACUGGAAAUUCUGGCAAGAGGGAAAUAAGUUAGGGAAGUGACUUAAUUUGCAUCUGUUAAAUACAUUUAAGCAGACUUUACUUGAGUAGAGCCAGUCAUGGCCAUAGUGUUACAAAGCUGUUCCAGGUUCCAAAUACUGUAUUAUGAGCACUUUAAGGUUGAGUUCUCACUCUUUGCUGGUAAUAAGUUUUGCCCUUUUAAGGCCAGAGUGCUGAGCCAGAAGGGAGGCUUGAAGUUUCUUCAUCUGCUUUCUGCCUUAAUGUGUUUGUUUUAUCACUGGUGACUGUAGAUUAGCAAGACUUUUAAUUCUGACAAUGAAAGGUGCAGUUGAAAUUUCAGAACAAAAUAAGCUGUAUUUGUACCGUUGAGUAUCAGGGAAGAUGAAAUGGGUUUAAUAUCUUACCUCACAGUGGGGUUGUGAGGCUUAACUGCAAGUGCUUUUGAGGUCUUUUAAAAGGUGCUGUAAAGGUGCAUAUUACUGAAGGGGAUUUUUUUUUUUUCCUUUGAAAUGCCUGCAACACAUACUUUGUUUCUUGAAUUUUAAAAUAUUCUUUGCCUGCCAUUUUUCUGUUACUGUCUCGAGUGACCUUCCUUGCACUUUUAAAACGGGGAGCAAGAACGUGCAUCUGCCUUUGGACUGAGGCAGAAAUAAACCCACUUUCCACGUGGAACCUAAAAUCCAGUUUUAAAGGCCCCCAUUCCUUAAGGCACCUGGCUAAAGUGGUGCAGCAAAACCACCUUUUAUACACAGAAAUCAUGUUUCACUGAAGUUCUCAGCGAAAGCUCCCGGUUGGAUCUUGAAACACAGGAAGGUCUUAUUGAAGAAGAAACAUAAUUACACAGUGCUUUGCUGAAUUAAGGCAUGAAUAAUUAAAUAUAAAGACUAGAAUCACCAAGAGCACUAUGGACCAGGUUUGGGUUUAAUUCAGUAUUAAAAUACACAUUAGCACUGUUGGAAGUUUCCUGUAGAAAACCAUUUAGCUUCCAGUGUUAAACCCCGCUCUGCUUUUAGCCUGUCAUUAGGAAAAGAAGAAAAAAAAAAAACCCCAAACCCAACAUUAAAACCAGCCC